AUGAAGUCCUGCAAGCCCGGCCUCCCCGCUGCCGGGGCGCGCGCCCGGCCCCCCUGCGUCGCCGGCGGCGCCGAGUGCGCGUGCGCCGGGCGGCCCGAGAGCUUGUGCGCGUGCGCGGGGGCCGGGGCCGGGCGGCCGGAGAGCGCGUGCGCGGGGGCCGGGCGGCCGGAGAGCGCGGCGCGCCGGCGGCUGGCGGCCAACGCGCGCGAGCGGCGCCGCAUGCAGGGGCUGAACACGGCCUUCGACCGGCUGCGCCGCGUGGUGCCGCAGUGGGGCCAGGACAAGAAGCUGUCCAAGUACGAGACGCUGCAGAUGGCGCUGAGCUACAUCAUGGCCCUGACCCGCAUCCUGGCGGAGGCCGAGCGCUUCGGCGCCGAGCGGGACUGGGUGCACCUCCACUGCGAGCCCCUGGGCCGCGGCGACCCCUUCCUCCCGUUCGCGGGCGCCAAGCUGCCGCCGCCGGGCGAGGGCGAGCCCUACGGGCAGCGGCUCUUCGGCUUCCAGCCCGAGCCCUUCCAGAUGGCCAGCUAG